AUGAACUCAUGGAAAUUAUGCCUCACUCCACCCCUAGACCCACCACCAGGCUUCCUCCUGAUCUUGGCACUGACCGAAGCACUGGUAUUUGCCACCCAGGAACCAUCUCCCAGAGAAUCUCUUCAGGUCCUCCCCUCAGGCACCACCCCAGGCACCAUGGUGACAGAAUCCCUCAGCUCUACCAGACACUCAUCCAUGGCAACUGCACCCACUUCUGUGGUGACACUGACCCCCUAUCCUGAUGGACCCUCCUCACAGGCUGCAGCUCCCAUGGCAAUGACAGCACCCCAUCCAGAUGGACACCCUCCUACAAACACCAUCUCCACCAUUAUGGCGACAGCAACCACCCCACAUUCUGAAGGCCCACUGCCCACAGGGCCCCUUCCUACUGCCAUGGCAACCACAUCCUCCCCCUCAGAGGGCCGCCCCCAGGGAGAAGCUGCACCCACCAUCCUGCUGACAAAGCCAACAGGAGCCAGCAGCCGUCCCACCACAGCACCCACCCGGGCUACCACGCGCAGGCCUCCCAGGCCCCCAGGCUCUUCCCGAAAGGGGGCCGGCAGUUCAUCACGCUCUGUCCUGCCUGCACCCAGUGGCCACUCUGGGAGGAAGGAAGGCCAGCGGGGACGAAAUCAGAGCUCCACACAUCUGGGGCAGAAGAGGCCCCUAGGGAAGAUCUUUCAGAUCUACAAAGGCAACUUUACAGGGUCUGUAGAAACUGACCACUCCACCCUCACCCCCAGGAGCCCACUCUGGGGUUCUUCUUCCUCACCACAGCCCCAGACAGUGACCACAACCAUGGCGCCCAGCAGGACCUCGUGGGCACCACCCACCAACCCCCUUGUGCCUGCAGAGGACAAGCCAGGCCUUAGCAGAGCAGACCAGGGGGGUGGUUCCACUUUCACCAGCCAAGGAGGGGAGCCGGACACCACAGUAGCCUCAGGUGCCCCUGCCAGCCCACAACCUGCCCCAGUGCCUUCUCAGCGCCCCCGCGGUGACCCACAGGAUGGCCCCAGCCACAGUGACUCCUGGCUUACUGUCACCCCUGGCACCGACAGACCUCCAUCUACCAGCUCUGGGGUCUUCACAGCCACCGCGGGGCCCACCCAGGCUGCCUUCAAUGCCAGUGUCUCAGCCCCUUCCAAGGGGAUUCCUCAGGGAACAUCCUCAACCUCGCAGGCCCCAGCCCACCCCACCAGGGGCUCAGAAAGCACUGUUUUCCAAGCCAAGGAGGAGGCUACAGCCACCCCCACCAUGACCAACAGGGUGCCCAGUCCUCUCUCCACAGUGGUGUCCACGGCCACAGGAAACUUCCUCAACCGCCUGGUUCCUGCUGGGACCUGGAAGCCUGGAACAGCAGGGAAUAUCUCCCAUGUGGCUGAAGGGGACAAACCCCAGCACAGAGCCACCAUCUGCCUGAGCAAGAUGGACAUCGCCUGGGUGAUCCUGGCCAUCAGUGUGCCCAUCUCCUCCUGCUCCGUCUUGCUGACAGUGUGCUGCCUGAGGAGGAAGAAAAAGACGGCCAACCCAGAGAACAAUCUGAGCUACUGGAACAAUGCCAUCACCAUGGACUACUUCAACAAGCAUGCUGUGGAGUUACCAAGGGAGAUCCAGUCCCUUGAAACCUCUGAGGACCAGCUCUCAGAGCCCCGCUCCCCAGCCAACGGCGACUACAGAGACACUGGGAUGGUCCUUGUUAACCCCUUCUGCCAGGAAACACUAUUUGUGGGAAAUGAUCAAGUGUCGGAGAUCUAA